AUGGCCGCUAGGCGAAAGAGAAAGAGGCCAGCCCGGGACCAUGGGGACCAUCAUAGGGACCAGAAGCGCCAAAAGGGUAUGGCCAGCAGCUCCCAUGGCGUGGAUCCAGUCGUCAGGCAUGCCCUGCUGGCCAAGUACUACCCUCGGGUCCUGACUCUGCGGGAGUACCUGGUCUCGCAAUUGCCGUCAAGCUCCAAGAUUCGGAAAAAGAAGAUCCUCCAUGUGGGACGGAAUGCGGAGGACAAGGAAACAGAUCAGAAGCUCUCCCAAUUUCUUGACCAGACGCUGGUAGGUGUCUCGAGGUUCAAGGAAGCACCAUCGGAGGAGAGACGAAAGCAAUGGUCGGCUUUUUCGCAGCGGCCAGACGAGUCGGUAUCGCUGGUAAAUCUAAGCGGCGCUGGCGCCUUUUCACAAACCGAGGUUGUGGAUUUCGCUAUCUGGUUGAUCUUCACAAAGACCACUGCAACAUAUGGAAAAGUACCGCAUCUGCUCUGUCAAGGCUUCAAGAAGGAUGCGCCUCGUCGGCUCAUCAAUCAAGGAGAGAGUGCCGCCUCAGCCAUUCCAGGUCUUGUCUCAAUCUACCCGAACAGUCAUGUGACGGCUAUGAAGGCCCGACCGUGGCCGCAGAUUCUAAAUCUCAUGGGCAAGGAAGGGGAGGGGUCUAUGAUCGACUUGAUUCUGGAUUGUGGCGUCUUCCUCGCGGUCGAGCGUGGACGUGGGACAUAUCAUCAGUUGAGUGGCAUACCACUUGGUGACCUUCCACUCCUUGAGGCAAACCCUCCAAAGGUACCAAAAACACCCAAAAUUCCGACUAGUACUCGGCAUACUCCUGCAAGUAUCAACUUCGUCCGUCAUCGGAUGAUGUAUGCGAGGCCCGCAUUGAAUGCCAAACUCGAAGUGAAAUUUGGGCUUCGACACAUUCAGAAUGUCGAUCCACUCCAAACAAUGCAGCCUUUCAAAGACUACACCCUUCGCGAAGAUGAGAUCAACACGGUCUACCACGCCCAAGCACCCAAAAUUCCGAGGAGGUUGCGUGGCAAAGCAGCACGGUUGGUUCGAAAGCUUCAGAUGCAACACAGCCGAUGCCCAUACAAGGCAUUGCUUGAGUAUUACUGUCCAGUCUUCGAAUCGUCCCCUCGAUUGCCGAUCCCAGGCCCAACUCCAGAACCAUCACUCGAGUUGAAAACACAGAUGUCUGUCGCCACGGAGGAGACGACUCGGGCCUCCUUUCCCCCCAUGAGUCUGGUCGCAGUGCCCCCGAAACCUUCUAUGAUGAAUCACGCCACACCAACCGCUAUGGUAUCUGCGUUCUGCCGCGCAGUUCUCUCGCACUUGAUUCCAUCUGAUUUUUGGGGCACUGGGGACGACAGAGUGCAUAACGAGCGGCUCUUUUAUAAGAACAUUGACCGCUUCAUCGAGCUUCGCAGAUUCGAAACUCUGUCACUGCACGAAGUAACGCAAGGACUGAAAGUAAGAUUUAGUCAUGUCCGCUUGCUACCCAAAGAAGCGGGCGUUCGUCCAAUCAUGAAUCUACGCCGUCGAGCUCUCAAGACGAGUUCGAAGACUGUGCUCGGUAUGAGCAUCAACUCGGUUUUAGCACCUGCCUAUAAUGUUCUGACCUACGAAAAAAACUCGAAUCCCGCACUCCUAGGCUCAACCCUGUUCUCCGUCGGCGAUCUUUACACCAGACUCAAAGCCUUCAAAUCCACCCUGCCCCCGCAAACCCCCUUAUACUUCGCCAAACUCGAUGUAACGGCAGCCUUCGACACCAUCCCGCAACGUGCAAUUCUCGAUCUGCUCUCCAUGCUCCCAUCCGAGGCCAGCUAUCGCAUCUCCAAGCACUGCGAGCUCAAGCCCGGGGAGUCUCACCUCACAGACCACACAGCCAAACCUACCAAGAAGUGGGUUUCUCUCGCAUACGCACCCGAUGACUUCGACACGUUCGCUGAGCAUCUCGCCCAUGAGGAUGGAUUGGCGCAAGGGAAAAAGAAUGCAGUCUUUGUGGAAAGCGUCGUCGGCUACUUCCGCGACAAGGAAGAGAUUCUAGAAUUGCUGAAGGAGCACGUCCUCCGCAACAUGGUCAAGAUUGGGAAGAAAUUCUAUCGCCAGAAGGAGGGCAUUCCGCAAGGUUCGGUAGUGUCGAGUCUACUUUGCAAUUACUUCUACGCCGACCUCGAGGCUACACAUCUCGGAUUCCUCAACAGCGGAUCUGGAGGCUCUGGAUCUCAUUCGCUCCUGCUGCGACUCAUCGACGACUUCCUCCUCAUCACCAGCAACCGCGCGCACGCCAAGCGCUUCCUAGAAGUGAUGCACGCCGGCGUCCCAGACUACGGCGUCAAGGUCCACCCGGAUAAAACGCUCGUCAACUUCGAGGUCUGCAUUGCUGGCAAGAAGGUUCCGCGUCUAGUCGGCGGCAGCGGGGACGGUGAUGGGGGGCAGGGCUUCCCGUAUUGCGGCAACCUCGUGGAUAUGCAGACGCUGAAUGUGAGAAGGGACCGCGAGAGGAGGGGGGCCACGGCGGUCGUGGAUUCGCUCACGGUGGAGUUCUCGCGGAUGCCGGGGAAGGCGUUCCAGAAAAAGGUUUUGACCGCGCUCUUCCCCCCACCCCCAAAGCACCCGUCACCACCCCCCUUUGAGAUCUCGUCCCGCACGAAUGCCAUUCCCAUACCGAAGCAGAAGAGCUCCACUGACGAGUCAACCCACCUCGCCCAAGACACCUUCAAGAUCCAGUGCCACGCCAUGUACCUCGACACCUCCUUCAAUGCUCUCCCGACGGUGCAGUCGAACCUCUCGCUCGCCUUCACCGAGACGGCGACCAAGAUGUGGACCUAUGCGCGCAGCCUGCCCAGCCACAAACGACCCGGGCCUCCGCUCGUCAUCCAGACGAUCCAGAGGCUGGUGGCGAUGGCGUCUGUGCUGGUACAGGGUAAAGGCCCGGGCAGGAAGAGAGGGGAUGAGGGGUACCGGUGUGCGGUGAGUCCAGCGCAGCUGGAGAUGUUGGCUGUGUGCGCGUUUCGGGAGGUGCUGGGCAAGAGGCAGAGUCGGUAUGGGGAGGUUAUUGGGUGGUUGGAUGGGAGGAUUGGGCUUGGGCAGGCAGGUGAGCGUGGCCGCACGAGGGCGAGGGUGGUGCAUGCCGUUGCGGUGGGUAGAUGA